GCCGCCUGAUUGGACGAGCCCAGAACCUGACCGUGGGCCUGACCCGGGUACGAGGACCCCCACUCCUGGAUGACAGAGGACACCCUGGAGUCAGACAUCUUAUUUAACGCAACAGUUUAAUGUUUUCAGUUUCGAGCUUCGCGUUUUAUUUCUGUCUCCUCGCGGUUUCCGUAGAUUCCAGAUGAAAUCAAGAUGGCGGCUCCUGUCGACAACGAUUUAAUCGAGAGAGAUUUACCGAAAGCUGUUCAGCUGCUGAAUAAUCUGACGGAGCAGGUGGUUUCAGUCACGAGUCAUGUGCGAGAGCUGCUGACUAAAGUUAAAGAUGAGGCCUUCAAGACAACUAAAGGUUUGUCCUUCCUGGACCUGCGGUACCACCUGCUGCUCUUCUAUCUCCAGGACCUGACUCACCUGGUCAGCAUCAAGACGGAAGGAGGCAAGAUCAAAGAGAGCGCCGCCCUGGACAGAGUGGUCACCGUCAGAACCGUUCUGGAGAAAAUGCGUCCUCUGGACCACAAGCUGAAGUACCAGAUCGAUAAACUGCUGCGCACGGCUGUUACCGGGAGCCUAGCUGAAAACGACCCGCUGCAGCUGCGUCCGAAUCCUGAGAACCUCGUCAGCAAACUGAGUGAAUCAGAGUCUGAAGAGGAAACAGGAAACAAGUUGGUCUCUGAGAAGAAAGCAGCCCACUCCAGUGGCAGGAAAUACGUUCCACCAAAGAUCGCUCCGGUUCAUUACGACGGCGACGUGACGGAGGUGGACAGGAAGAAGGCGCAGGUGGAGCGCCAGCGCCGGGCGGCUCUCAGGAGUUCUGUGAUCCAGGAGCUGAGGCAGCAGUACAGCGACGCCCCCGAGGAGAUCCGGGACCGGCGGGACUUCCAGAGCGAGCGAGAGAGCCGCGAGCAGCUCCACAGAAAGAACUACGAGGAGUCGAUGAUGGUGCGUCUGAGCGUUCCGAAGCACCAGAAGAGCUCCAGGAAGCGAGGCCUCAUGUCCAUGUCCAAUCAGCUGAGCGGCAUCGCCCACUUCGGUGACAUCACGGCUCUGACGGGCGGUGAUGGCAGCCAGGACGGGGGGAGCUCGCGACCGAAGAAGAAGAAACUCAUGAAGAAGAAAACGAAAAGGAAAGCCUUCAAGAAGCGCAGGUAGAUCUGACACCUGGAGCCAGAGGUGUCUGGAAACCAUCAGCAGCUUCUGAUGUUCACUUCCUGUUCUGUUCAUGUCUCGAUCACCACCAGAGGGCGGCCAUGAUGACCUCACACAUCAGUGGAACUGAAUUUUUCACUUUUAGACUGGAGUUGCAGAUGUGUGGACAAACAGCCAGAUGUUCUGGUUUAAUGAACCGUGCUGCACGUUCCACUGAGCAGCUCAGAGAAUCAGACUUUAAAUAAAAACAAGGAACCAAAGUGUUUUAUCCAACACUUAAAUUAGUUAGAGAAGCUGAAAUGUGUCCGAAUGUUAAGAUUCAUGUUCCAGGGYGCCGCUUACUCAGCAAAAUCACUUCCAGCAGUUUCUUUCCCCAGUUUGACUUUUUUUUGUAACAUUUCCUGUAAAUUUUAACAGCUCAGUUUUCUGAUKGAAACUCCAUUAAUGAGUUCAAACCUUCUCGUUUCAUCUGUUGAUGUGAAAUAAAAUCAUUUCCCCCACUCAAA